GCCCUGCUCACCUCUCUACCCUGUGAAACUUAGGGUACCUUUGAGGGCAGUUGCUGGAAGGUGCACCUGUAUGCUUCAGGCAUAGUUCCUGACCACGAGUCUGGUGGCCUGUGCUGUUUCUCUUGUCCCAGGCACCUGUUUGGGCCCUCGUGAGCUUUGAUUGGUUGGGGCCGGGAGUUGUCUGGAUGGGAGCCAGUAGCCAGAAGUCCUUGUUGGAGCCCAGUUGUCUUGUGCGUGAAGCUAAGCCCACCUCUCCCUCUGUGGCCUCCAUAUUCCCAUCUGCGCCAUGGGCAUUUCGAUCCUGCUGUCAGAAGAUGCUUGGGGUCGCAACACCCAAGUCUCCAUGGUUCUGCAGAGGUCAGGCUGGCAGUGACCAAGGGGAGGCCUCCCUGGUUUCCAGAACUGCCUUCAGAGCGCAACUCAACUGAGACUCCAGUUCCCUUCAUUUUUUUGUUGGCUUUUUCCCCUCCUUGGUUUCUUUCUUCCCCCCCUCUCAUUUGUAAAUUGGAGUAAUAAUGUCGUGAACAGGCCUGUUUAAAGGAGCCAUGGUUUUGAUGUCCACUUUGUGUUCUCCAUGGCUGUGGUACCUAACAGUGGUCUAUGGACUGGGGGGAGGACAUUUCUGGGAAUGGAGCCCAAAGCCGUGAACAUGCUGAGCAAGGGUUCUUUUCGUCCACUGAGCUGUGCUCUUCACUCCUGGGUGAUCUGUAGAGGAAUGCUCCCUUAGGGUCACGGUUGCGGAGGUAAGAAGUCCAGGAUCUGAUUGAUGGCUGGCUGUACCCAGUGAGGGGGACAUGCCACCUCCUAACAUCACAGCAGUUGGAGCUGCAGGGCUAGCCUAUUCCCAGGAGAGGCAUUAACCUGUUCAUGAGGGUGGACCCAAGCACUUCCUACUCUGCCUACCUCCCCGUGGUGGAUUCAAUGCUGUAAUCUCAGAGAUUGCCAGAGGACAGAGCCAGUGUGGGCUCUGUGGUGUGGGCCAGCCAGACCUGUGGAACAAGCAGAGAGGUUCACUGGACGGUUUAUCAAAAAUUCAAAAUAAGUGGAAUUAAGUUUCUAAUAGAUGGAUUUGGGGUUACAAGCAUAGCAUGUGCCUGGUCAGCAGUCUCCCACUUCCUUCUGGACCAUGUGCCCAUCAUGAGGGCUCAACGCCCAAGGCUUUAGGUGAGAAAGAGGGGCCAAAGUGAGAUUUCAGUGAGGAGGCCGGAGUUGUCUGGGCAGUUCUGGAAUUGACCAGAGCCUCUCUCCCUCACUGCACGGGGACUGACCCCUCAGGACUGACCCCUCAGGACUGAGCCAGAACUUCCUCUCCCUCUGCCCUUAUGGGUUGCUAGAGGACCGUGAGCUCUACUCACUGGAAGACCCUCUUUCAUACCUUCAUGUGGAGACUUCCUGUCCUCCUGUCCUGUCUGGUCUAGUCUGUUCUGAGCCGGGUCCCUUCCCCACCCGCGGCCCCUCCCCCUCCCCCUCCCUGUUUCUACCCUAGGGUAGGAGUGGGGGUUGGGAGAGACUUUUCAGGCCUGGGCUCUGGAGAAUUCAAUCUGGAACUGGUUAGCAUCUGAGGGGAUAUGGUGUGGAAACAUGGCCCACCCUCCCCUCAAGGCCAGCAGAAUGAAUAGAAUGGAAUGCCCCCGUCCCCCACACACUACCUAAAACCACAGUGGUGGCCUAACCACUACUUACAAAAGCAACUUAGAAAACUUGGAGAAACUGAGAAAUAGUUUUUUGUUUGUUUGUUUUUUUGUGGGUGCUGGGAAUUGAACCUGGGUCCAUCUGGAAGAGCAGUCAGUGCUCUUAACUGCUAAGCCAUCUCUCCAGCCCCCAGAGAAAUAGUUUUAAAAACAAAAUACUUCCACCUGGUUUACUGCCUCACCCCUACUGGGCCAGCCUUGGGUGAACCAUUUGGGAGGUACUUCCUAGGUGCUAGCCCCAGGCCAGGCUCCUUAUCAGCAGUAACUGCUACCUGCUGUUCACUGAGGUCCUGUUAUCACCAACUGCAGAAUGUGAGGGCUGGACCCCACCCCUACCUGGCUGAGCCCCAGCUCCCAGCCUCUGGUGAGGUCCCCAGGCCCACUGCUGACUCAGCAGUAGGGGCCUCUCUGCUCCAUGUUCCCGGAACUUGGUUGGGUGUCUGGUUUUGCUCAGCUGUUGCAUCAGAAAGGACUCGUUCUGCGUGCCCUGCCUUGUGACGCUCCCUGUUCUGUCUCCAGGGCCUUCCCCAGCCUGACCCAAGAGAAUUUCCAUUAGCCCCAGGGGCCGGCGGGCACAGCCCUCAAUGGCUUUCUUGAGGCCUGGACAGCCGAGACAAAGCUGUAGCUCCCAAUGUUAUGGCCCAGAAACCACUUGAUCUGGAGCCAAAGCUCUUUUGACAGCUGAGCAGUGUCCCCUCGAUCACUCCCGAGACACUCUGUCCCUUGGCUGUUCAAAGUACCAUUUCUGGGAAGGCCAGUGGACAGCUUUUCAGAGCCCAGUGUCCCUGUCAGCUGCAGAGCCAGCAGGUGGUUCUAACUACCCUGCCUGCCCCUCUGAAGACACCAGUCAUCUUAGGUCUGAGGCUGGAGAGCAGCAGGAAGCAUCUGUCAUCCCUCAUUCCGAGGCCCCAGUACCCCCUCAUCCCCACUACCUCAGCACCGCUCCAGUCUUCCAGCAUCUAGAGGGCUUCAAACCAAAGCUGGAGCACACAGUUAUUUUAUAGGACUUCUUGGGCCUUCACAAUGCAAAGCCACUCAGCCCCACAGGCCCCGCCUCAGGGUAAAAUUAGAUCCUGUGACUGGGGACUUUACAGCUUUACCUUCCUCAUGCUAGGAGUGACUUAAGUGUUCUGGCGGUUUUCUGCCUGCCCUACACUAAAUAACAGUUCCUAGAACUGCCCAGGAGUGGAUCCAAGACAGAAACCUGAGGGGUCAAGGGAGCCUGGACUGUGAAGGGAAGUAGGGAAGGCUAGUCCUGGAUUAACUGGAGGCCAGCUGGGGCAGAGAACUGGCCCACUUCCGGGGUCAGAAACGGGAGUGGGGGGAAGGGGAGGGACUGGGACCAGAGUGGAAGGCACAGACUGGACUGGAUGUGUUUAGGAGGGUGGAACUGUGGGUUGGGCUAUUAUCUGAGUGGGUAAGGGUUAAGUCCUUCUCUCUCCCCUCCGGAAGUUUCUCCUCUCCAGCCCUGGAGUCAGCAACCUGAGCCAGCAGUACCCUGCAGUUCCCCAUGGCCUGCCUGAGUCCCUCACAACUCAAGAAGUUUCAGGAGGACGGCUUUCUGCUGUUGGAAGGAUUCUUGACAGCAGAUGAGUGUGAGGCCAUGCAACAGAGGAUUGGGGAGAUUGUGGCUGAGAUGGAUGUCCCUCUGCACUGCCGGACAGAGUUUUCCACCCAGGAAGAUGAGCAGCUUCGAACUCAGGGCAACACAGACUACUUCUUGAGCAGCAGUGACAAGGUUCGAUUCUUCUUUGAGAAAGGCGUUUUUGACAAGAAAGGAAAUUUCUUGGUCCCUCCAGAGAAAUCUAUCAACAAAAUCGGCCAUGCUUUGCAUGCUCAUGACCCUGUCUUCAGGAGCGUGACACAUUCUCCCAAGGUGCAGGUUUUGGUCAGAAGUUUGGGCCUCCAGCUGCCAGUGGUGGUGCAGAGCAUGUAUAUCUUUAAGCAACCUCACUUUGGUGGCGAAGUCUCCCCUCACCAAGAUGCUACCUUUCUGUACACGGAGCCCUUGGGCCGCGUGCUGGGCGUUUGGAUUGCGAUUGAAGAUGCCUUGCAGGAGAACGGCUGCCUCUGGUUCAUCCCUGGCUCCCAUACCAGUGGAGUGUCAAGAAGAAUGAUCAGAGCCCCUGAGGGCUCUGGGCCUGCCACUAGCUUCCUUGGGUCAGAGCCAGCCUGGGAUAACAAGCUCUUUGUGCCUCUGCCAGUGCGGAGAGGGGGUCUGGUCCUGAUCCAUGGAGAAGUGGUGCAUAAGAGUGAACAGAACCUCUCCGACCGCUCGCGCCAGGCCUAUACUUUCCACGUCAUGGAGGCCGCUGCCGGCACUGUCUGGAGCCCAGAGAAUUGGCUCCAGCCCACAACUGAGCUGCCCUUUCCACCACUCUACAUAUAAAGGCCCUGGCAGGACGGGCUGGUUCCCUACAGAGAGAAGCUGUCAACACCAGGGCCUCUGGCUGCAACCCGAGGGCACAUCUUCCUCUUUGGCUUUCUGAUGGUGUCUAUGACCCUUGGUCCAGCAGACAGGGAGCCAAGAAGCGAAGUGACAGGGCAGCAGCCCAGGCUGGGUAAAGGGCUUCCUCCAAAAUGUUGUCUCACUGCCACCUUUCUGUCCUAAAGCAGCCUCUGAAGUGGCCUCUCAGCAGUGAAAUGAUUCUGGUUGAGUUUCAGUUUUCUCUUGAGUGGAAAUUACUGUGUAAAGCACUGAAUAAAAAUGACUUGAAAUAUA